AUGAUCUCGUCACCUCCAGCUCUUGCGCUUCUGGUCGCAGCUCUUGCACGGUAUGCUUUUGAAAUCCCAGCCCAGCAAGUAGGAACCAAUACGAAGGAGGUGCAUCCACCUCUCAUCUCUUCUCGUUGCUCCAAGACAAACGGGUGCGUACCUGAGGCCACAUCCAUUGUAUUGGAUGCCAACUGGCGCUGGCUGCACCAAGUCGGCGACUCCAAAAGCUGCUACUCUGGGAAUCAGUGGGACCCCACGCUAUGCUCGAGUCCAAAAGCGUGCGCCCAAAACUGUGCUCUCGAAGGUGCAGGUUAUCAAGGUACCUACGGCAUUACCACGUCCGGCGAGGAGCUAAAGCUUAAUCUAGUCACUCGAGACCAGUACGGAACGAACGUGGGCUCGCGUGUCUAUCUCUUGGAUGCUGAGGGCUCCAAGUAUAAGCAGUUCAAGUUGCUGAAUCAGGAGUUUACACUCGACCUAGACGUCUCGAACCUUCCCUGCGGCCUAAACGGUGCGCUCUACUUUGUGCAGAUGGACACCGACGGAGGAAGCAGUCGGUUUCCAUCCAACCAGGCAGGCGCAAGCUAUGGUACAGGCUACUGCGAUGCACAGUGUCCGCAUGACAUCAAGUUCAUCAACGGCGAGGCCAACUCGCUUGAAUGGGGGCUAGCUACCAGUCAAAACGAAGGUGGUGGCAAGUAUGGAGCCUGCUGCGCGGAGCUGGACAUUUGGGAGGCCAACAGCAUGAGCAACGCUUUCACGUCCCACCCGUGCUUGUCGGAAGGACUUUUGCGCUGCUCAAGCCCCGAGGAGUGCGGCAGUGGCGAGGGCCAUCGAUAUAAGGGUGUCUGUGACAAGGACGGGUGUGACUUUAAUCCCUUCCGAAUGGGGAAUACGACAUUCUACGGUCCUGGUCCUCACUUUACGAUCGAUACUACGCGGACGUUCACGAUCGUUACGCAAUUCAUCACGAGUGACGGCACCGCGACAGGGGAUCUCGUCGAGAUCCGACGGUUGUUCAAGCAGGACGAUCGCAUUGUGGCGAUGCCACAGAGCAACUGGUCCAACCUGGACAACGUCAACUCGAUCACCGACUCGAUGUGUGACAACUCCAAGGCCUUUUUCAACGAUCCGAAUGAUCACGCUGCAAAGGGUGGUCUCCUACGCAUGGGGAAGCAACUGGCAAACGGGAUGACGCUCGUCAUGAGCUUGUGGUCCGACCAUGCUGCCUACUGUCUCUGGCUAGAUAGCAGCUUCCCUGCAGAAGCAGAUUCGACGAGGCCUGGCGUCAAGCGAGGCUCCUGUCCAACAUCUGGUGGUCGGCCUGCUGAGGUUGAGUUCCAGCACCCGGAUGCCAAUGUCAAGUUCAUGAACAUCCGCGUGGGAGACAUUGGCUCGACGUACUAG